UCAAAAGUUCUAGAUUUAGUUAAUAAUGGUUACUCACCCUAUCUUGAGCCGUUAAUGUUUACGUUCAAAUGGCUAAAAAAUAUCAUCUAACGCUUAGAGAGUCAAGUCAAGAUAUACGUUCAAAUGGCUAAAAAAUCCAAUCAUCAAUUCCUUUCCUUGUAACCAAAUUACAUUUCACCAUAUAAUUAAGACCAACUCUUCAGUUUCUCCCCCAAUGCACAAAAUCAUUACCUAAGACUAAUUAACCGAACAAAAUAUACGAUGACGACGCUGUUCCCAAGCUCUUAUUCUUUAAUCUCGUUUCUUGUACUCAUCUUCUUCUUCUUCUUCUGCGGCGGCAUGCCAACCUCCAUCUCAAGUUUCCACCUAGAGCUCUCGUCGUCCUAUAUCUCCGGGAUAUGUGACCGAACCGUCGACCGUAGUUUCUGCCUCCGUUUCAUGAAUUCGACCGCCGGCAUUCGGGCGGCGAAUUUCAUCGGCGCAGGGAAGAUCACCCUCACAGUUAGCGAUCAGAAAGCCAGAGAGACUCAGAAGUACAUCCGAGCACUGGUGCUGGGGCGGAAAACGACGGAUCCCAAGGUGAAGCAGAGCUACAAGACGUGCUUGGAGAAGUAUGGGGACGCCAUCAGAUCGAUUUCCGUCGCUAAAGAUUCUUUCGUGACAGGAGAUUAUGAUACGGGAUUUACUUCGACGACAGUUGCGCAGAGGGAUGCGGAUGCUUGUAAUCACGAGGUGACAGCGGGGCCGGCGAGAGGGGGGGUACUAGGUGAACGGAAUAAGUACUUGUCCAAUCUCCUGGAUAUUGUUUUGGUGAUUCUCAAUUUGGUGGGAGGUUGAGAAAAAUGAUCUCUUUCAUCGUCGAAAUUGCAGAUGGGUUGUGGUAGUGUUGUUGUGUACUUAUGUUAGGGUGGACAAUAAAUAACAUGUCUUUUGAGUUUCGGGGGAAUUGGUAAUGGGUCUAACGAUAUGUUGUGGGAAGGAGGACAAAGAAAAAAUCAUUGGAUUUGUUAUGACAAAAAAAAAAAAUAUUCCCACUACUACUAUAUGAGGGAGCGGUUACGGUGCUAAUUGUACAAUAGUUAGCACCGUCCUAACCAAGGGAAAAACUACUACUAGUUUGAAUUAGUAGUGAUUUAGCUUAGAUGUUGUAUGGAUUUUAUAAUAAUCCGUAGUGAUUUCGUUUUUUUAGUAGCAUUUUUUGCUAGUUAUCACGGUGCUAACCCUUAUAAGGGUUAGCACCUAAUCUCAUCCUAUUGGACGUGAGUACUUCGCAGUCCAUGACCGUUCCUACGAAGCCCACGGAUCGGCCCACGCAUUCUCAUGCAGCCCCUGUCGUGUCUUCCUUUGUGGGCAUGGUUUACGUAAUGAAUAUGGAGAAUGAAA